CGAGAUGGUGAGAGAACCCCAACAAGCCCGGCUCAGGAGCAUUCAAGUCUUUUCCAUGAACUCCACGAAACAGUUCGCCGGUUAUUGCAGCAUAUCAUAUUUGCCUGCCUUCUCACUUUGAGACUGUAUAUGCUUCCGCUGCUGUACUUCUCACACAAGCUUACCGUACGCGAUGAUCCGUGGUACUUUGCAACGUGGAAUAUUAUGCUUCGGCCGGGCAGGAGCAUGGCAAACUGUGAACAAUGCCACGGCCAAGGCAGAGGGAGUUCCCUGAUCCGACGGUGGAACAUAUUCAAAGACAACUUCUGGGCGCCUGUGAAAAUACUAAAAACUCUAUAUGCACUCGGCCGAGUCAUUGGGGAAGAUCCAAAUACAAUCCAACCAACGCCUCCUCCGUUCUUGAAUAUAGGGCCAGAUUCUGCCAUUGAUGUCCAGAGCGUUGAAGAAAAUACCCCGAAGGUGCUAGGUAAUGAAGUGACUGACUCGUCCGCCAAAGCGCCUGCAAGUGCUUCGCAAAUCUACCACGCGGCAUUACUCAAUGGCAAUACCUUGGACGACAUUCUUGCAGCCUUCGAAACAAAUACACCUGGCUCUUCCAUCCGCGCCGAGCAUGCCGUUGUAACACAGAGUCCAAUCAUAAGCCGUGACAAUGAAGAGCGCCUCACGGGUCCGUUCAAGAGACGCCACUAUCGGGAUGCAAGCCUUCGAAGCAAGACUCAGGAAACAACUUUCGCCCAAAUAUCGGACAGUUCUCUGAUCUCUUCGCUUGAACCUUGCCCGGUCUUUUACGGAAGCGAGGUAAAAGCAGUGACGGAAUCUCCAAGCACAUCUCCAAGAUCCCAGUGCCAGACGCGCUCCGUCUCUUCUCCACAUGCAUAUGAUGCUUUCAAGGAGCAGGAUGAGAAUAAGCUAGCAAUUUCAACUGAAUCGACGCAAUGUCCAACAUACAUGCGCAGACAUAAUCAUUCAGCAGGACCCAAGAGACCGCUGAGUGGGGACAGAAAAUCGCUUGCAUUAUUGCAGGAGACUGGCACAAUGUCUAGUCCUGCCUUGAGCUCAAGUUCGCCAACCAGACGGGCGAAACUGCAGCGGCGAGUCAAAGUCUACAAGGAUGAAGAGAGAGUCUAG